CACUUCCGAGUAACCCGGUUUAUCAUGGAGGCAGGCGUCAAGCUAGGCAUGCAGUCCAUUCCCAUCGCCACCGCGUGCACCAUUUACCAUAAGUUCUUCUGCGAGAUCAACCUGGACGCUUAUGACCUCUACCUGGUCGCCAUGUCUUCCAUUUACUUGGCCGGCAAAGUGGAGGAACAACACUUGCGUACUCGUGACAUCAUCAACUUGACACACAGGUACUUCAACCCGGGCAGCGAGCCGUUGGAGCUGGAUUCCCGUUUCUGGGAGCUGCGAGACAGCAUUGUGCAAUGUGAGCUUCUUAUGCUGCGAGUUCUGCGCUUCCAGGUCUCUUUCCAGCACCCACACAAGUACCUGCUGCACUAUUUGAUUUCUCUCAAGAACUGGCUGAAUCGUUACAGCUGGCAGAGAACCCCCAUCUCUGUUACAGCCUGGGCCCUGCUUCGAGAUAGCUACCAUGGGGGACUGUGCCUGCGCUUCCAGGCUCAGCACCUAGCCGUGGCUGUGCUCUACCUGGCCCUACAGGUCUAUGGAGUCGAGGUGCCUGCAGAGGGUGAGGCCGAGAAGCCUUGGUGGCAAGUGUUUAGUGACGACCUUACCAAGCCAAUCAUUGACAAUAUUGUGUCUGAUCUCAUUCAGAUUUAUACUAUGGAUACAGAGAUCCCUUAAGGCUCUGGCCGAGACCCGACCAAAGACCAGGAUGUGGGUGUGCUGCCACCAAGUUGCUGUGAUGGCAGGUCUCAGCUGUCAUUUUGUUCCCAGCAACCCAGUCCAAAUAAUACCAAGAACUUCCAUGUGGGCAGGACAUUCUCAGCUUCCUAGAAGUGGCAGCAUUAUCCACUUUUGCCGUGUGAGAAGAUGCUGCCUUUGAGGCAUGGACCAUUGCAAUGGAGGUGUGAGAUCACCAACAGGAAAAUUAAAGAAUAGAUAGGACUGCGCCCUUAGGAGUUUUUUGAAAACCGGAUUUGGAGAAGUAUGAAUGUGUAAUACAGAAUCUUAUUUUGUUUAAUAAAAAUUAUGCAAAUAAAAUAUGGGAAAAGUUUAAUGCA